GUCGUCGCCACGUUGCUGGGCCGGCCCGAUUGUGCGACGUCCCUCGAGCGGCGAUGGCCAGCUCGACGCCAUGGCAUGUGCUUGGAGGAGAUGACGAAGAUGUCGAGGGCGGCGACGUGGGCAGAGCGCUCGACGGGCCUUCCGAGCCGCCAAAGCCAUCCUCACGCACGCGAACGGUCUCCUUCCCUCCCGAGACAUACGGCGAAGAGCAGGGACUCCAACAGACCGAGAAAGGCGAGGAGGCUCACCUGCUCGGCCAUGCCGAACCAUCCAAGACGCGGAGGUCUCGCCGGCAGAGGAGAGAACAGGCUGAAGCGUUCAGAGCUCGCGCAAAGGGCACCGAUGCACUUUUGUGCGGCUUGAGACCGGGCAGAGCGCUCCUCAUCGGCGUACCCGGCGUACUCCUGCUUCUCUUCCUCGUCAACCAUUUCCCGUCGCUCAGUCGUCCCAAUCGCUCCCAGCAGGUGGAUGCCUACGCCAAAGGCAGGCAGGAAUCUCCCGUCGCGGACGGGCCCUGGGCUUCAGUCGGUACUGCGUUCGGCACCAACGAGGCUUACAACGAAGACGAGCAUGAUACUCGUCCUGCGCCUUACUCCAACGGGACUGCAAAGUUCAGAAAGACGGUCAUCAUCGUCUCGCUCGAUGGCGUGAGGCCAGACUAUCUAGAGCGCAGCCUCACGCCCAAUCUUGUCGAUAUCAGCGAAAAAGGUCUCAAGGCGGAGUACAUGAAGCCCGUCUUCCCAUCGCUCACCUUUCCCAACCAUUGGGCGCUUGCAACCGGCCUAUAUGCCGAAUCACAUGGCAUCGUCGCAAACGAUUUCUACGAUCCGAGCGACGACACAGAGUUUGUCUAUACGGACAGUAGCAAAUCUUGGGCGUCCAAGUGGUGGGGCGGCGAGCCCAUCUGGUCUACUGCUGUCAAGGCUGGCAUCAAGACCGCCAAUCUCAUGUGGCCCGGUCCACCCAUGAUGAAGGACGGCACGCGACCGACGUACUUCCACGCAUUCGAAAACAACUAUCACUGGUCGAAGAAGCUAGACGUCAUCACAAGAUGGAUCGAUAUGCCGCUUCGCUCUCGGCCUCAACUCAUCAUGGCCUACCUGCCCGAGGUCGAUCAAGAGGGCCACCGCACAGGUCCUGAUAGUGACAAGCUGCAGGAGAAGCUCACCUAUGUCGAUGACUUUGCAAAGGCCUUGCACGACAGUAUGAAAGAUCGCAACCUACACGAUCUCGUAGAUAUCAUAUUUGUUUCCGACCAUGGCAUGACCGAUACCAAUAACGAGAGACUCGUCCUGCUCGACGAAGUCUUGGGCGAGCAAGGUCAUGCCGCCAUAUUGCACAAGGAAGGCUGGCCAUCCUGCGGUCUCCGGUUCAACGAGUCACUCGUCGACACCGACGACAUGCUCAAAACGCUACGCGAAGCAGCAAAGAAGAGCGACGGUGGCUUUGCAGUCUAUACUCACCAGGACAUGCCCGAACGAUGGCACUUCAGUGGCAAUCCUCGCAUAGCUCCCAUCUAUGUCGUCCCAGAAACAGGUUGGGUCAUAACAGACAAGAAUGAAUUCUACGUAGACAUGAAUGGCGAUUAUCAUCCCAAGGGCAAUCACGGCUACGAUCCGGACGACGAGCCUAUGCAUGCUAUCUUCGUUGCUCACGGUCCCAUGGCAGAGCACAUCAAGACAAAGCGCAGGAGGACAAAACGAGCUGAUCAGGCUCUGACGGUCAUCGAGCCUUUUCACAACCUUGAGAUCUACAACCUACUUGCAACGCUGCUCCAGAUCGAGAAGACCGCUCCCAACAAUGGUACAGUCGGGUUCUGGUCGACUCACCUAGACUUAUGA